UGAUCAGGAGAAAGACAGUUCUAUUAAUUUGACAUUUUCUUUCAAAACAUUGUUAUAGGAAACAUAGAUGGCGGUAUGUUACAAGAAGAAAGACUUCUCAAAUUACCUGCAUCACCCCAGACCAGGCACUCUACCUCACAAGGCAGUGAGGAGAUAAGGACAUAUAAUCUCAAACAUACGUUCCUGAGGAGAUUCUCCAUCACUCCUGAAGGUGGACAUGUUCAUCUGAAGGAAGUUGGAGUAUUCCUGUUAGUGCCUCCGGGAGCUCUGGCUGAAACUACAGAAAUGUUCAUUGGUAUUAGUUGGAGAGAAGAAGAUAUGCCACCGCUGCCACCAUGUCAGACUAGAGCAAGUCCAGUUGUUGUCUGUGGACCACAUGGCCUGAUGUUCAAAACACCAGUCUGCCUGUCAUUUUAUCACUGUAUAUCAGGCACACGUCAAAGAAAGAUGGGAAAGAUCUGUCCUGAAAAUCUAACUCAGAAUUCAAGACUGGACAAUCCAUUUUACAUAUGGCAGUCAAAAACUCACUUAAAUGCCCCUUGUCAGUGGAAAGUAUUGAGCAGUGAUUCUGUUGUGUUGACAAACACCAAAUGUAUCUUAAUUGUGAACCAGUUCUGCAAACAUAGUUUGUCAUGUGACAGUAAGCGUCUUUCUGCCUUGGUGUUUGGGUCAUUUCAGCCUCGACCUGCCCCUUUGCUGAAACUGAUGGUGUGCUGUGUCAAUGACACCAGAGAUGAGGUUGAGAUUGUGAGAACUAAUGCUAAGGAAUCUCUCCAAAUGGAGAUGUUAGCUCUGGAAAAGCAGUUUCAUUUCUUAACUUGUGAGUACAGUGAGAGUGAAGACAAGGAGUCCUAUGAUGUCAGCCUUUUGUUGGACAGGUUUGAUACAAAGUGGAGCAUACAUGAGGAUUGUCCUAGAAAGGUUAUAAAUUAUGUGAAAUUGCUCAAAAAUAAAAAGAAUAUGUAACAUAUUCCCUGAGCCAUAAAAUGGCAGACGGACCUGAUGUAUUUGUCUGCAAGAUACAUGUAAAGCAGGAAGUAUCUGAGGAUCAGGAAAAGGACAUCAAAGAGCUGACAUCUACAGAGUUUGACAUCCACUGGAUGUUACCAUUUGCCCCCCCUAUGGACUUAUACAAUUUUGAUAGUUAUUCUGGUGGUCCAGCAAGCCUAAGAUCUGCUCCACAAUGGAGUUCACACCCACUGCCAGGAGCUGGUGAAGAACAGAGGCAUGGUGGCAACAACUUUCAGUCGAGACCAAACCAGCAGUAUUACCAAAAAGACCCAUACCAACAGAAUCAACCUAGGUUUCAAUUCAACACUGGCAACCAGCAGUAUGACUUACAAUCUCAAACAGCAAGGAAGGUGGUUGUACGGGGACAAAAUGAGCAGAAUGAGCAAACUCCACAAUCGGAGUUUAGCAACCAAUUUUGUGUCAUUGACAUCCCAGAUAAACUUCAGAGAAGCCAAGGAAGUCUUUCUGGCCCUUGCAGAAUUGCAGAAGAGGAUCACUUCAGCAAUAUCCCUGUGUUUGGAAAAAUCCUGCUCAGUAUGAAGUAUGACUACAGAAAAGGAUGGCUGAUUAUACAUAUUUACAGAUGCCAAGACCUUGCUCCAGCUGAUGUGAAGAAGAAUAGAUCUGAUCCCUAUGUCAAGACCUACCUGUUGCCAGAUAAAUCAAGAGGUGGGAAGAGAAAAACAAAGAUAAAGAAGAAUACAUUGAAUCCAACAUUUGAUGAAUCGCUGCAUUACACCAUCACUAAGAAUGAGCUGAAAAGAAGAAUUCUAUGGUUGUCAGUCUGGCACAGUGUCACUUUUGACCACAAUGUGCUCCUGGGUGAUGUUGUUUUGCCUCUUAAUAAACAGAACUUCAAUGACACCUCACCACAGUGGUUCCAGCUAUCAGGAGACCAUAUGGCUGCUGGGGAUCGAGACCAAGGCAUUACUUAUGUUACUGACCCUCACAGCAUCAAAACAACAAGAGGCCAAGUUCUAAACCAGGCUGAUGUGGGCAACCAGUGGCAAAGGUCAACAUUAUUGGAGAUAUCAUUACAACCCAACUUUGACAACCAGCAGGAUGACUUCCAAUCCCAGACAACAAGGAAGAUGGUUGUACAGGGACAAUACCAACAAAACCAACCAUCAUCUCAACCUAAUUAUAGCAAGCAGUCAUUGCAACAAGACAAUUUCCAAUCUCAGACACUGCCUGGUGAGUCAACAGGACCAAAUCAACGCCAAGAAGGACAGGAAAGCAGACUACCUCAGGAACCAGUCACUGACCACCACCUGAAUGAACAAGGUGUUGACCACGUUCAAACUAGGAGGCAAUCAGGCCAUGACUUCCCACCUUUAUCUCCACAACAAGACCUUGUGGCUGCUGGGGAUCAAGACCAGGCUGUAACUGAUCCUCAGACUAUCAAAACAAUGGGAAACCAAGCUCUUAACCAGGUCCAUGGGGAUAAUCAGUUAGAAAGAUUACCUACAGCAGUGACACAUGAGAUUGCUGGAUUUCUAAGUCAGCUCCCCCCUAGCACAGGCAACACAAAUGUUACCCUCAAUUUUCAGCUGGUUAACCACAAUUAUAACUCAGAAAAGGAAUCAUUGACACACAUGAAAGAGAAAGAUGUGACAACAUCUUUUCAUAAAUAUGUACCUCCACAUGUGAAAAAACGACUGAAUGAAACACUUUCUCAAGAUGAUAUUUGGAACCAAAUGAAGAAGAUGUAUGGCAUUUCAGAUGAAACCCCACGUCCUCCGGAUGUUGUGUCUUAUUUGUUGUCUCAAGUUGAGGGUUCUAUUGCAUCUUUCAUCAGUGUGUUGUUAAAGUUAAAGGAACGCCACAGAGAAGGACAACAAGACAUUCCACAAAAUUUGAUUGAUGAAGUCAAGGUAAUUGACCAUUUGGCCUAA